AUGUCGCCAAUCUUAAACCCUGCUCCAACGUCGUCUCUUGCUCGCAGGACGAGGACUCCGGUCACUGGAUUGGGUCAGGCCCGUCAGCACCAGAACCAAGCGCAUGUCGCUGGUCCCGAUUUCGGUGCUUCUGAGAGCGAGAGCGAGCGGAAGGGCGCCGAGAGAGAGAGAGAGAAGAGAAAAGUUGCUCUUCUCAAAGGCGAUGGACGAUACGACCUGUUCGUGCGGAUGCGUGUCAUGCAUGGAUCCAGCGCUGAUCCUUCUGGGGAAGCGGGCGCAAGCAACCGAUCGGACUCGAUUCACGAGCAAUGGAAGAAGAUAUAAGCUUGGUGUUUGACCACCUUUUCUCUCACCCCUUAUCUGCUGCUAUAG